GAAAUAAAAUAAAAUAAAAUAAAAAUCGUCAGCAAGCAAACAGUCCCACCUCUGUUCCUUUCUUCUGUCAAUAAUGCAACGACGCAAGUGAAUGAGAAAGCCAAUUAGCAAAAAGAGGGGGAGAGAGAGAUCGCCCUAUCGCCUAUCCGCCUCCGGAGCUUAAUUAUACGAUCGGCAUACUCUGAUCUGAACUUCGAUCGCUCCGGCGACAGAUGAUGGAUGAGGUGAUGACCACCGCCGACGCUGCGACACUGGGCAGGGCGGCGCUCUCUAUGGCUCAGACGGCCUCUUCGGCGCUUCUGACUCCUCCGACGCAUCCAUCGGAUUCUUCUUCUCCGCCAUCGCCGCUGCUUCCGAGCAACCUCCCGUUGAUUACGGCCUUCCUCGCCUUCGCUCUCGCUCAGUUCCUCAAGCUCUUCACCACUUGGUUCAAGGAGAAGAGAUGGGAUUCUAAAAGGAUGGUGGACUCUGGCGGAAUGCCGUCUUCACAUUCCGCCACCGUUACAGCUCUGGCUAUGGCCAUUGGCUUACAAGAUGGAACCGGAUCCCCUGCUUUCGCCAUUGCUGUUAUCCUCGCCUGUAUUGUGAUGUAUGAUGCUUCGGGUAUAAGACUUCACGCCGGUCGUCAAGCUGAAUUGCUGAAUCAAAUUGUGUGCGAGUUUCCUCCAGAACAUCCAUUAUCCAGUAUCAGACCUCUGCGCGAGUUACUUGGGCACACUCCAUUCCAGAAUGCUGAUGCUGACAAAUUCUCAGUCCAUGUUCAUUCCGAGCCUGGUUUUGUUCUGAAUGAGACAACCACAGACUCUGAGUUCUUCCAUGGUCGACAGCUGAACAAGAGUGUUCAGGUUGUAUGGGGUGAACCAACCAUGAUUGAAGCUGAAAAGUUGUUGCUCGAGGCUGCUCUUCAUGAUCCAGCCAAUCAGAGAUUUGUUCUUCUCUCUGACAGCUGUGUCCCUUUGUACGACUUCAGCUACACUUACAGCUACAUAAUGUCCUCCCCCAAGAGCUUUGUUGACAGCUUUGUUGAUGAGUCAACAGGCCGUUAUGACCCUGAUAUGUCUGCCACAAUUCCCAGAAGUAAAUGGCGAAAAGGAUCGCAGUGGGUCACUUUGGUGAGAAAACAUGCUGAACUUGUUGUCAACGACAAUUUCGUCUAUCCCAUCUUCAAGAAAUACUGCAAGCGAUGGAAAGCUCAAAGGAACUUGCCUAAGAAAAUCCUGCAGAUUCUGGAACUGAACUUCCUAUUCCAGAAAAGGAAGCUGACAAACUGCAUACCUGACGAGCAUUAUGUGCAAACUUUGCUCACUAUGAAUGAGGUGGAACACGAGGUCGAAAGGAGGACACUGACCUACACUUUGUGGGACAGUUCUCCAGCGAAAGACUGGAGGCAAAUGUGGCACCCUGUCACUUUCAAACAACCUGAUGCAGCUCCUCACAAGAUCAAAGAAAUCAAGGGAAUCAACCACGUCCAUUACGAGAGUGGACACAGGACAGAGUGGUGCAGGGUGGCUAACGUCUACUCAUCGUGCUUCUUGUUCGCCAGGAAGUUCAGUCAGGGAGCAGCCUUGCGGCUUCUGAAUGAUGGUGCGCUUGGUUUCCAUGAUCCUGAAGCUGCUUUGCCUGCAUAGUUUGGGUUUUGGAUGGGAUGAUUUUUAUUUAUAUUUAUUUUUCUUCCCCAACAAAUUUCAGUAGAUUUCUUCAGAGAAUGUUUGCUUCUCCAGCAAAAUUGGUUUCUUUUGGCAGCCUUGCAAGAGCUUAAAUUUCUAACUGAAAUAUGGAGAAUUUGCACAUAUUAUAUACUAGCACUUGCUCUGGCCUCUUGGCCCCAGAGAGUUUGAUUAUUAUUAUUAUGUAUUAUGUAUGUGUUGUUACUUGUUACCGCUUAUAAUAUGUGUUAAUAGCAAAGAUAUGCAACUAACAACGAUAUAUAUGUUUACUAAGA